CAAACAACAAACAAAACCCACAAACAACGAACCGAAAGUGCAAAAGGAACAAGUUUUAGUGCAAUUUUAAAAGAAUUAGUUUAAACAAUUACAAAGGAGAGGGAAAGGGAAACACACUGUGGAGUGAACCACUAGGAAAAGCCAUGUCUAAAGUGUAACACGCUGCGUAUACGCAACCAUUUAUCGCAGACAUCACGCAUACGACGCGUUGUGCAAAAUGAUUAUGGUGCAACAUUUGGUGGCUGCCACGGCGCACAACUUCGCCAGCCAGGCGGCAGCCCUAGCCAAUGUCUCCAGCUCCAGUUCCAGCUCCUCGCUGUCCUCCUCUUCAUCACUGUCCUCAUCAUUAUCCUCUUCUCUGUCAUCGUCUUCGUCGUUGUCCUCCUCCUCAUCCUCUUCGUCGUCCAGUUCGUCACUGUCCUCGGCCACGCCCACGCCUGUGGCAUCACCAGCGGCAGCAGCUGUGCCAGCACCAGUCGAGGCGCCGCCAGCAGCGGGGGAGAGCCCAGAGGCCGAGGAGCCCAUGGAGGAGGCUGCCAGCUGCCAGGAGGAACCCAAAGCAGAGAAAGAGGAGCAUGAGGAGCGGGAGAAGCUGGUAAAGCUGGAGAAGCAGGAACGGGAACCAGAACCAGAACCAGGUGCCAUAGAUGAUACCGAGUCAGGGUCGGCGCGGCAAAGUCCAUGUCCAGCUGCGUCCGCCGCCAAAGCCCAAGAGCCAGCGCCACCACAUGCAGAGGAAAUCUGUGCCCCAGCUGUCGCCGUGGAUGAGGCGGAGGAGGAUGAGGAGCCCGAAUCCCUCGCCCCGGAGUGCCGCGAGUUCAAAGUGCUGUACAACCAUCUGAGACAGCAGCAGCACCACCAAUCCUCCCCGGACAAAACUCGCAGCACCCUGGACGAUGUAUCGAAGAUUCUGUGGGAGCGCAAGCAGCAGCUUCAGCGGACUUCCGUCAUCACCAGCAAUGUCCAGGCUGCCGCCAGUCAGCUCCUGCCUCAGCCACAGCACAGGGAUCCCGCGGGAAGCCAGCAACAGCCCAUGAGCGACAUCGAAGACGAGGAGACCCUCGAGGAUGUGGACGAUGCCGAGGCCGAUGCGGAUGUUGAGGCAGACGCAGACGAUGAGGAACUCCUCGAGCAGUACCAGGAUGGCUACGACUCGCCUCUGGAUCUGUCCCUGAGCAGUGCCACCAGCGCCGCGGCCAAUGCUGCAGCGGCCGUCUCUGCGGCCAGUCGCCGUCGUGGACGCACCUACUCCGGCACGGAGUCGGACGACUCGGCGCAGUGUGAGCGGGCGAGGAUGCGCCUCAAGCCGGAGCGCAAGGCGGAACGUUCGGCGGCCUACAAGAAGAGCUUGAUGAAGCGAUACUAUACCGAAAUUCCUAUUGUCAAACAAUCGACGAGUCCGGCACCACAACAGCAGCAACAGCAGCAACAACAACACCAGCAACAGCAACAACAGAUCCUGCAGCAGCAGCAGCAACACCAGCAGCAGCAGCAGCACAACGGAAGCUCCUUCGCUGGAGCCACCACAUUGCUGCAUAUUAAGACGGAGCAGAACCCGUUGCUCACGCCGCUCCAGCAGCAGCAGCAUAGCUUACAUGGCGGUGCAACGGGCGGUGGCACCAAUGGUGGUGGCAAUAACGGGAACAACAACAACAACAGUGCACACCAGCAGCAGCAACAACCACUGGCCAUACCGCACCGGCCCCUGUUGCACAAUCUGCUCAGCGGCGGCGCCAUCCACAAUCCACAUCACAGGAACUACACGACGGCCACAACAGGUUCAUUUCCGCCCAGUCCCGCGGAUAGCGGCGUGUCCGACGUGGACAGCUCUAGUUCCGGCGGCCAGCCCUGCGCCGACGAGCUGAAGGCGCGCCUGGGCAUGCCCACUGCCACGUCAGCAUCGGCAGCGGCCGCAGCAGCAGCAGCCGCCGCGGCAGCGGCACACCUCCACACGGGCACCUUUCUGCAUCCGAAUUUAUACCAGAACAAUGCGGCGAAUUCGCUGAGGAACAUAUGGAAUCGCAGUGUUGGGGUGCCCGACAACUAUUAUGGCAGCAGUGGAGGCGGUAGCGGCGGUGGCGUCGGCAAUCCAGGGGCGCCCGGCGCUCCCCAGACCCCCAGCUACCUGACAACGUCCUACUUCAACGCACCGACGCAGCAGCAGCGCAGCUCUGGCGUCAACGGCUAUCAUUCCCUGCACCAGCAGCAGCAGCAGCAGCAAAACCAGCAGCAUCAAUCCCAGCAGCAGCAGCAGCAGCAGCAGCAACAAGCGUACGCGCAGCAGCAGCAGCAUCCGCACUCGCAGCUGGCGCCUCCCUCGCAUCCACAUCCACACCAAGCGCAGCAGCAGCACACGCAUUCCAGCAUCGCCAAUGCAGCGGCGGCCUCCGUUGUGAGCAGCAGCAGCAGCGCGGUGGCAGCGGCCGCCAUGCUCAGCGCCAGUGCAGCGGCGGCGGCGGCCGCCUCACAGAGCGUCAUCCAACCGGCGACGUCGAGCGUCAGCUAUGAUCUCUCCUACAUGCUGGAGCUGGGCGGCUUCCAGCAGCGGAAGGCGAAGAAGCCGCGCAAGCCGAAGCUGGAGAUGGGUGUGAAGCGGCGCAGCCGGGAGGGCUCCACCACCUACCUGUGGGAGUUCCUGCUGAAGCUGCUCCAGGAUCGGGAGUACUGUCCGCGCUUCAUCAAGUGGACGAACCGGGAGAAGGGUGUCUUCAAGCUGGUCGACUCGAAGGCGGUGUCCCGCCUCUGGGGCAUGCACAAGAACAAGCCGGACAUGAACUACGAGACGAUGGGCCGUGCCCUGCGCUACUACUACCAGCGCGGCAUCCUGGCGAAGGUGGAUGGCCAGCGGCUGGUCUACCAGUUUGUCGAUGUGCCCAAGGAUAUAGUCGAGAUCGACUGCAAUGGCGUGUGAGGGAGGAGAGGAGAGGAGAGGCGGCUGUAAAUAGAUGUAAUCCGAGAUCGGUUCAGAUCGGAUCACUUUCAGACCGAUGGCAAUAUGUUCUGGGGAGCGUAAUAACCGUAAUAACCGGCUAGCGGCAAUAGUAGC